CUUCCGGAAUCACACGCCUGAGACGAUUAAUGGAUUCUGUUGCCGACGGGCUCGGAGACGCCUCUCCCGCAGAAGGGAGCCCGAGGCCUGGCCUGGCGCUGUGAAGUGGAGGCUGCAUCCGCCUCGGGCCUCCCCGGGAGGACCGCGAGAGGCGGAGAUUUUGGCCUAAGACUCCCCUGCCGGGAAGGGGACACAGCCGUGAAGCGCCUCUCUUUCUCCCCCUCAGGAGGACGGAGGAGCCCGGCGGGGGAAGGAAACUCCGCCCGAGUGGAGGAGGUUGAGGAGGAGACCGGGCCCCGCGGAGCAGCCAUGGCCGGUCCCGAAGCGGCUCCCACGGUAGACGGCGGGGAAAGGCCGGGAGGCUCCGGGGCUGCAGGAGGGAUGAAUCCAGGUGGACCCCGGAAAAGGGGGCGGCCCACAGGACGAUGCCGGGAGAAGGAAACGGGCGGAGACCCCGAGACAUGCCUGGAGGCCGGAGGGUCCCUCGGAAGCUCCAGGAAGCCCCGAAGGAUCCAGGAGGGAGAAUCAGAAUAUCAGUGCCCGGAAUGUGAAAAAUCCUUCCAAAGAAAUGAGUAUCUUGAAAUCCAUCUCAGGACCCACUCGGGAGAGAAACCUUAUACAUGCCUGGAAUGUGGAAAGAGCUUCAGUCAGAGGGGAAACCUCUCUAGACAUCGAAGGAUCCACUCGGGAGAGAAACCAUACAAAUGCAUGGAAUGCGGAAAGAGCUUCAAUAUGAGGGAAAGCCUUCAUAGGCAUCAAAGGAUCCACACUGGAGAGAAACCAUAC